UGGUUUCACUUCGCCGUCUACGGCGGCCGGAACUGCGCCGGCCGGACGGUGCGGUUCGAGAUCGUGAACUUGAACCGAGCGAAAGCGGUGUCGCUGAUGGCGUCGCACCAACGCGGCCCGCUCGUGUGGUCCUCCCACCACUCGGCGUGGCACGGGUCGAAGACGAAGCACGUCAGCAUUAUAACUUGCUCAGGUGCUACAAUCUCAAACGUUACAAUAGAGUAUGGAAAUCUGUGAUGCAGGAAGCGCAUGAUCUACCGUAGUCCCAUAGGUUUGUGCAUGACAAGUUUCGGCACCCAAAACCGAAUUGAUAUACGGCGAAAUUUGUAUUGCGAAAGGCGCAAGAACUCUACAUACGUUCUUCAUUCUCUUCAUGCAAGACAAAAUCUUUCAGAUUCUAUUGUAACGUUUGAGAAGAUUGUAACGUUUGAGCAGGUCAUAAGCAUCCGCCCGACGGAAUACGAGGUAGCGAAGGAGGCCUUGAUAUCCUGAGUAAAAACGUACCCACACCAGAGUUGUAAUGCAGAUUUGCAAAGACAGGAAGACUUGUAAUGCGCAUCACCAUGAGAGCCAUACCCAGUCGCGUUUUGGAAUUUGUGAUGCUGUGAACAGGAUGAGCCGAUGAAUCUGUGAUGCGGCUGCACUUGCUAACCUGCACUACACUGCAGAGUGCAACUUGUCAUGCGUGACUCACAAAACUCCUAGGUUUGUGUUGCAAAAUCUCCAUCUUGACUCUGGUGUGGGUACGUUUUUAAUCAGGAUACUUGAACCGGCAGGGGUGGGACAUCGAGGUGGGAACGAGGAGCAGCGGAAACAUCGACAAUGGCGGCUACAUCGUGCCGAGCAGCACCGCGCACGGGCUCACGACGUUGUGCUUCGACUACACCUUUUCGUACGACAACGAGACGGCGUUCUUCUGUUCCAGCUUGCCCUACACGCUGACCCACUUGCGCCGGUUUCUGAAGUCGGUAACGGGGAGCGUUGACAGCAGCAGCUCCGCGGCGGGCAGGGAAGGAAGUACUAAAGCAGUUUGCACUAUGCUGCCUCGUCUUCUACUUAUGGAGUAUUCAUCUCGCGCACACUAAAGUGAUGUUCUGCCACAGAAACAUUAACAUUUAUGCGCAACGAAAAUACACACAGGAAACAUUCCUGAGCCGAUUGUUACCCGCGAAGAGCUGGCUACGACGGAGGCCGGGUUUCCAAUCGACCUGGUUUGCGUAGAGAAGAAAGCACCGAUGCCGGAGCACGAAGAGGAGCUGGACAACCUUGAGUCUUCGGACGAAGAAGAGGACGAGGGUACUACUACACUCGAAGCCGGUCCGACGACCACCGGAGAGACGACUUCGACCACCGCCUCGGGAACGGAGAGCAGCGGGGCAAGUUCCUCUUCGAGCGAAAAGAAAGCUGGCACAUCAACUCAAGAAAUAACGGCUGUGUCCUCGGGAAAUACAAACAGCAGCAAGAAACUGACAGGAGUAGCGGCGACUGCCAUUUCCUCUUCUUGUCGGCGGAACACGAAGAUCCCGCGUUUUUACCAACACACGCGGAAGGUGCUCGUGCUGAUCGCCCGGCAAACGCCGUCUGACACCAGCAGCAGUUGGGUGAUGCAGGGCUUCCUCCGGUUCCUAUUAGGGAACAGCAAUCGCGCACAGCGGCUGCGGGACGCCUUCGACUGGGUCAUCGUGCCCAUGGCCUCGGUCGACGGGGUUGUCGCGGGGCACUCGCGCUGUCCAGGCGGGCACGACACGGUCAGUCUCCACAGGCACUGG